ACCAAUUAGCAUUUCGGUGUCGUCGAUAUAUGUUCAAUUGUCAAUUCACUCAGAUUCAGUUCACUUUUUUUUUUCAUCUACAUUUGCUCGAUAUUUCGUAUUUGCAAAAUUUGUGCUGAAUACUUCUUUGAAAUCAUCUCUUCGAACGAUAAUUCAAAAAAAAAAGAAAACGCUUACAAUGAAAACAAAAUACAAUGUCUCAUUGGAAAACACGUUUAUUGGUCCGAUCAGUGCGGCUCCGGAUAGCCUUCUCAAAGAGAUGGCGGGCAACUUCACGGGCAAUAACAACAACGUUAACAAAUUUCCGUCGGUGUUUUCGAGCCCAACCUAUGAAUGUUGGAUGAAAUCGCCGAUAAUGGGUGCACUACGAUUAUAUGCCGGUCAUCACAAACACACAUUUUGCACAUUUUCUCGGUCUAUUACGUGCAGAGUAAUCGAAGGUCAGAUAAAGGUUAAAUACGGUUCACAACGACAAACUGUCACGAAAAAUACUAUUAUUAAACUGUCACCAAAUACCAGAUACUAUGUGAAAAACAACAGUCUGCACAGAGAAUGUUUGGUUGAAUUUAUAUUCGAAGAAAUGUGAUACAUCCAAUUGGUUAUUCAGAUAAUUUGCAAUCAAACUGUGUUCAUCGUUCGGAAAUCGAUCGUUUUUGUAUUGUAAUUCAUUUGUCUAUUUAUAACGCAACCGAUUUAUCAUUUAUUCAUAUUUAAACAAAAGUUGAAUCAUGUAUAAUUUAUUUUAAAAAAAAGUAGAAAAUAAUAUGUAAAAUAAUCGAAAUUGAUAUAAUUCUAAUUAUUAUGCACAUAUAAUGCUGUCUAUUAAAAAAAAAUGUGGAUAAUGUUUGUUUA